AUGGAGUUUCUUGUUGCCGAUGCCGAGCGCAUGUACACUGUGAACGGCAGGCUGCAGCAUCUCUCGUACUGGUCUUACAAGAUACUGGCGAGAAGUUUCUUGGAGAGCUACCAGAAUCCCCCACUGCUGAAUUCGAACAGAGCUGCACAAAACUUUAGCAAAGGCUCGGGUUAUGUGGAUUUUUGCACGUGGCAUCGGUAUUCGGAAUUUGAGUGGCUGGCGGCACAGGUAGAGCUGGAGUUCCCCGGCAUGCUUUUCCCACCGAUUCCCUCAAAAGAGACGGACGGAACGGUGGACAAAUUCACGGAGCUGCUCACCAGCGUGAAGGAAAACAACUCCACGACGAGGGAAAACCCGUUGGUGAAGAAACGCAUGCGGCAUCUACAAUUGACGUUUAAUGCCAUCGCCCAGCUGCACGAACUUCAUGAAUCUCCUCUACUGAAGGCUUUUGUGACGCUAGAUGAACUGAGCUGGUGCGCCUUUCGAGAGGAGCGAGAGAAGAAAAUGAAAACAUCGAUCCUCACCAUCUUCAAGGCCAAAGGUCUCAGUAUAAUUGCAAAAUUGCGUUCAUUCCGUGAAUCGAGCAAUCACGAUUAUACGCUGGAUUCUCCUCUGGAUUCCGUCGCAACGCGUCAGAGUGACCUGGGUGAACUCUUAAAUACAUGUUUUGCGCAAGUGGAAUAUAUAAACAAGUAUUGCAUUAGUGAGUGGCGCCACUGGAGUGAUGUGAAUAAAUUGCGUGGGUCCAUUCAGGGAUCCCCGAUGCCGUGGACUGCGUGUUAUGGUGGCCACCAUGUCCAGCAUUCCAAGCACCCAGGAUUGGAAGGAGUUGUGCGAGAGAUAAAUAACGAUGCUGCGGUGGUAGAGUGGAAUGGACAGGGUGGGAAGUUGUCAAAAGUGCCGCUGGAUGAGUUGAACUAUCCAUCAUCGGGGAUAAGUGAUCCAGCCAUUUUUGCACUACAAGAGCUUGCAUCUCAAGUGGAGUCUUAUUUCAUGUAUUUGAGUCGUUCAUCUGGGGUUGCCGUGUUGAGGGAUGUCGAGGAUUUGUUGUGGUUUCUUUCCAGCUAUGCGAAUCGUUGCGUUCGUGUGAUCAGGCGAUUCAGGGAAAUGCGCUCCGAGGUGCGGUACCUCACAAGAGUGGUUGAGAAAAAGGCGAGUGUGGAACAAUUUGAACAACUUGAGCGGCUGAAGCAAAUACUGUCGAAGGGGACAUCGCGGUUUAUGGAGCAAUAUAACAACUUUUAUCGAUGCUUUAUGCGGAAUUCUCUCAUGGAGGUCGCACACAAAUUUGGACGAGUGAUAACAGUAAUAAUGUCUGACGAUCAGUGGAAUGAACGCCUCUCGGUGGCCAAAACGAUGCUAACUCUUUCGUUACCCCUUUUACCAGAGGAAAGAGAGGAGAUAUUUGCAGAGGACGCGUCCAAGCGCGAUUCUCCUCCAAUGAAGCAAGUAAAUGGAUUGGAAGGUUAA